CGUCACAUCCUCUGUAUCUUCUUGUUCGCUCCGAGACUCAAAGUGCGCAAAGACGAGGAACAUAUUCGACGUGCAGCUGCUGCUGAUGUCGGUACAUGAGCGGAUCAGCGCUGCCGCUGAAGACUUUCUGCUGCAGGUGGAGAAAGGAGGAGAAACGGCUCAAGUCCCGGCGCUGAGAGCGAUGCUAACCGAGCGGCUAACGGCGGCUGCUGAGGAGAUCGUCUCAAUGUUUGAGGAAACUGUGGCGGUGUAUGAAGACAGAAUGGAGCGGUUAGAUUGGUCAGAGCAGGAGAUCUACCGCCGGAGGAGGCUGCUGGAUGCUGUGAUGAAGCCCGAACUCCAGCUGCACAGAGUCGUGUGUCCUGCAGACGUACAGCAGCUGAUGGUGAAUAAAGAAGAGGUUCUCCCUGUGCAGCAGCAGUGGAGCCACCUUGUGGACCAGGAGGACCCAGAGCCCCCCCACAUUAAAGAGGAACAGGAGGACCCAUGGACCAAUCAGGAUGGGGAGCAGCUUCAACAACUUGAGCAGGCUGAUAUCAAGUUCACAUUGACUGCUGUCACUGUGAAGAGUGAAGAAGAUGAAGAGAAACCUCAGUUGUCACAGCUUCAUCAGAGUCAGACUGAGGAGAACAGAGCGAAUUGUGGAGGACCAGUACCAGCCAGGAUCUCAGGUCCUGAUGGACUGUUACAACCAGGUUCUGAGGACAAGACUGUAGACAGUGAAGAUGAUUGGAUGCAGACCAGGGAACCUCAGUCUGGUUUAAAUACAAAAAGUAACAAACAGUCUCAAAGUGAUAAGAAAUGUAUAACUGCUAAGAAAGCAUUUAGUUGCUCUGAGUGUGGUAAAACAUUUAGACAAAAGGGGGAUCUAACUGUACAUAUGAGGAUUCAUACAGGAGAGAAACCAUUUAGUUGCUUUGAGUGUGGUAAAAUAUUUAGAAGAAAGUGCCAUCUAACUUUACAUAUGAGGAUUCAUACAGGAGAGAAAGCAUUUAGUUGCUCUGAGUGUGGUCAAACAUUUAGACAAAAGGGGUCUCUAACUUCACAUAUGAGGAUUCAUACAGGAGAGAAAGCAUUUAGUUGCUCUGAGUGUGGUCAAACAUUUAGACAAAAGGGGUCUCUAACUUCACAUAUGAGGAUUCAUACAGGAGAGAAACCAUUUAGUUGCUCUGAGUGUGGUAAAACAUUUAGCCGAAAGCUCAGUCUAACUGAACAUUUGAAGAUUCAUACAGGAGAGAAAUCAUUUACUUGCUCUGUGUGUGGUAAAAGAUUUGCCCACACUGGUUCUCUAACUUUACAUCUGAGGAUUCAUACAGGAGAGAAACCAUUUAGUUGCUCUGAGUGUGGCAAAACAUUUAGACAAAGGAGCCAUUUAACUAGACAUAUGAAGAUUCAUACAGGAGAGAAACCAUUUACUUGCUCUGAGUGUGGUAAAAGAUUUAGACAAAAGAGCCAUAUGAGUAUUCAUAUGAGUAUUCAUACAGGAGAGAAACCAUUUAGCUGCUCUGAGUGUGGUAAAACAUUUAGACAAAAUUGGAGUCUAACUUCACAUAUGAGGAUUCAUACAGGAGAGAAACCAUUUAGUUGCUCUGUAUGUGGUAAAAGAUUUGCCCACACUGGUUCUCUAACUUUACAUAUGAGAAAUCAUACAGGAGAGAAUCCAUUUAGUUGCUCUGAGUGUGGUAAAAGAUUUAGACAAAAGAGCCAUUUAACUGGACAUAUGAGGAUUCAUACAGGAGAGAAACCAUUUAGUUGCUCUGUGUGUGGUAAAAGAUUUUCCCAGAAUGGUUCGCUAACUUUACAUAUGAGGAUUCAUACAGGAGAGAAACCAAAAGCAUUUAGUUGCUCUGAGUGUGGUAAAACAUUUAGACAAAAGGGGGAUCUAACUGUACAUAUGAGGAUUCAUACAGGAGAGAAACCAUUUAGUUGCUUUGAGUGUGGUAAAAUAUUUAGAAGAAAGUGCCAUCUAACUUUACAUAUGAGGAUUCAUACAGGAGAGAAAGCAUUUAGUUGCUCUGAGUGUGGUCAAACAUUUAGACAAAAGGGGUCUCUAACUUCACAUAUGAGGAUUCAUACAGGAGAGAAAGCAUUUAGUUGCUCUGAGUGUGGUCAAACAUUUAGACAAAAGGGGUCUCUAACUUCACAUAUGAGGAUUCAUACAGGAGAGAAACCAUUUAGUUGCUCUGAGUGUGGUAAAACAUUUAGCCGAAAGCUCAGUCUAACUGAACAUUUGAAGAUUCAUACAGGAGAGAAAUCAUUUACUUGCUCUGUGUGUGGUAAAAGAUUUGCCCACACUGGUUCUCUAACUUUACAUCUGAGGAUUCAUACAGGAGAGAAACAAUUUAGUUGCUCUGAGUGUGGCAAAACAUUUAGACAAAGGAGCCAUUUAACUAGACAUAUGAAGAUUCAUACAGGAGAGAAACCAUUUACUUGCUCUGAGUGUGGUAAAAGAUUUAGACAAAAGAGCCAUUUAACUGGACAUAUGAAGAUUCAUACAGGAGAGAAAUCAUUUACUUGCUCCUAGCGUGGGAAAUAUUUAGAUUAAUAGGUAAUCUAACUGCACAUGACCAGUCAAACAGGAGAGAAUGAAUUUACCUGCUCUGUGUGCUUAAAGAUUGAAGUUGCAUCGUUUGUAACAAACAUUUCUUUCAGAUUAGUCAGCAACUACUAAUAUUGUACAUAUUAAUAGGUCAUUAUUAUACACAUUAAUAGAGAAAUUUGAAUCCCCUUUAACCUGUCUUUAAAUGUUUUC